CUUCCUUCUUCUUUGCUUCAACUCCUCUCGACUUAUUUAAUCCUCAAUCCCCUUAAUUUGUGCAGCAACCGAGGUUUCGAGGGAGUGUUGUAUCUCUUUUUCAACUCUCGCACUCUCUCUUUCGUACCAAAUCCUCUUCCUGAAUCCUGGGUUAUCUUUUUCGAUUCAUUUGUGGGGUUGAAUACCUCGUUACCAGGAAUACUGAAGAAGGGAUAAUUCUACAAGUAGGAACCAAACCAAGAUCAGAAAUCAGGCAUCAAUGGAAGGCAAUCUGAGAAAAUCACUAUUCACUUCUAUUCCUAUGUCAGCAUUCCAAAAUGAUAGACCAAACAGUAUGGUGUUUAAGGUAAAUUCAGUUGAUCUCGUGUCUUAUGUUUCAUGGGUUUUCCCCACAAAGGUUUCCACCUAAUAUCUUAGUUCUGACUUUGUUGCUAAUCUGGUAUGAAACAGAGAGCACAUACAGUAAUUCCUCCUCACAUCAUAGCUGAAGCCAUAUCAACAUUCCGUGGUCUCGAUCUGAGAUGGUCAGGACCAAUCACACCAACAGAAAUGCAAUAUGUUGAGCAGUAUGCUGUUGCAAAAUACCCAGAGUAUUCACACGCCCUCGUUGAAGGGGGAGAAAAGACAGACCUCUAUGAUCUUUGCAUCAAAGAGCCUUCAGAGCCCCCACCCGAUGAGAAACGAAAGUCGCCUAGCGGUGGUCUUAAAGAGUCAGUCACACCCUUAUUUGGAAACAACCUUCCUGAUUUAGACAAAACUCAGUUGGAGCCAUCAAGAUUGCUUGAUGUCCUCACUAAGAAAUCCUCCUUUCUAGGGAGUUUCAUCUCAAUCCCUGAAAUUCAAGCUCGAAACAAAGUUUUGAAACACUGCGGACUACCUGAUGAGGAUUAUCUUGUUCUUUUCACUCCAAACUACAAGGAUGCCAUGAUGUUAGUUGGAGAGAGCUACCCAUUCUUCAGAGGGAACUUUUAUAUGAGCAUCAUUGAGGAAGACAUUGAUUACAUAAGGGCAUUUGCGAAUUACAAGGAAUCAAAAGUGAUCUCAGCACCAGAGACUUGGUUGGAUUUGAGAAUCAAGGGUUCACAACUCAGCCAGUACUUCAGAAGGAAGUGUAAGCAUAGCCCGAAAGGGCUAUUUUCUUAUCCAGUGGAGGUGAAUGGGACACAAUAUUCCAUGCAUUGGGUUUCUGAAGCCCAUCGGAACUCAUGGCAUGUUUUGCUCGAUGCCACCGCACUGGUUGUCGGAAAGGAUCGCUUAAACCUCGCCCUCCACAGGCCUGACUUUUUGCUGUGCAGUCUUGACAAUACCCAUGCUCAUCCUUCAAAGAUCACAUGCCUCUUGAUCAAGAGAAAAUCCUUUGAUACAAGCAGCUUCAGCCCAAGCACGAGUAAUGUGUUGUAACAAUAUGUAGUAGCUUAACAUUUGUUAAACAGUAUCAAUAAGUUUGCAUUGUAAGUUUGAAACAAGGAAUGCCUUUCUCAUUUCAUAUUUCUGGCAUUGAGAACAUACUCAUA